GGCGCGGUGAGUCAGAGUCGGUUCGGUUCAGUUUGGUUAUAGCGGGGCAGGAGCGUGCACACGGCGCGGUAUGUUCAUGUCCAAGUCCAAGUCCUUCGAUCUGGUCAGUGAGGAGAAGACGAGGAGGGCGGAGCGGCUCUACCAGCCGCGACGGCUGCGCUGGCUGAACUACAUCGUCCUGCCCGCCGUCUUUGGGUUUGUGCUGCUGCUGAUCCUCUGCAACGUGGACUUCUCCUACGACGACGAUGCCGAUGCCGAUGCCGAUGAUGCCGCAGCGGAAGUUCGGGACUUGGUUCCCGAGGCACAUUUGAUUGUGAUCAGCGAACUGGAGCAGAUAUACAGCCAGAGCGAGUGUGCGAACGAGAGCGCGCUCUAUGUUUCCGGAUACGAAUUUGCGAACGGCAGCCUGGAUGGGGACUUCCUGAGUGGCAGCUUCCGACUGCAGAGCCUGGAGAUAGCCGACUGUGACCUGAGACGCAUAGAGGACGGCGCCUUCGACCAGAGCAAGCAGCACGGCCUGGUGAGCCUGCGACUGCGGAGCAUCCAGCUCCAAUCUCUGGCCCCAGCGGCCUUCCGGGGACUCCAGCACCUGCAGAACUUUACGCUGAUCAACGCGGAGGAAUCCUUUGCGGCGGAGGGCUUUCUGGCGCCACUUGCCAGCACCCUGCUCAGUGCCAGCAUCCAUCAGAGGUACUCCGCCAGCGUCUCCUACUCUGUCGGCGACUUCCUUGGGGGCGGGAGAUUCGAUCAGCUGAAGCUGCUCGACCUGAGCGGCACCAACCUCGGGCAGCUGCUCGCCUGGGACUCCUUCGACUGCCUGCCCGCCCUGGAGCGACUCAUUUUGGUGGAUUGUGGCAUUGGCCAGGUGGACUGGGACUCGUUUCCCAGCAGUCUCCGCUCACUGCAGUACUUUGACCUGAGUGGGAAUCCACUAGACACAGCCAGGGGCAAUCCUGGCACCACCCCCACGAUUGGCUGGGAGAACGAGCAGGACCUGGUCUAUAGCACAGCUCAAGCGAUGCUCGUCACCCAGGGGAUUCAGGCCUUCGCUCCUGAGUCUAGAACCACCACCUCCACGACUCCGGCACCAGUUGUCUGCUCGGCAGAACUGUGCGAAGUUCUCGUCUGCAGCGAGCCCGAGGGAGGAUCCAUCGAGACGCGGCUGGACUACAACGCGUCGCUUCAGUUCCGGGAUCUGGGCAACGAUGAGGUGCAGGUCAGGCUCUCGCAUCUGGAGUCCCUGCAGUGGCAGCUGGUGUACUUCUCCACAGCCGCCUGGAGCGGCUAUGUGGAGCAGGAGAGCGCCGAAGGGAGCACUGAUUCCGACGGCGAUCUGGUGGUGGGGGUCACCAACUUGGACUGCGGCACCCCCUUCGUCUUCUGCGUGGUGAUGGCGGGCCAGAAUGUCACCUCCCCACUGAACUGUCGCUCGCACAGGACCCUGGAGUGCGCGAAACACCUCCCGGUGUCCUGGUUCGAGGCCAACAGCGGCCUGAUCAUAGGCCUGGGAGCAGUGGGCGUUCUCAUCUGUGUGGCCUUGGGCAUGCUGAUCGUGUACGUGGCCCUGCGACUGCAGCCGAAGUGGCUCAGGGGCAGCCGCCGACUGGUGCGUCCCCUGCGGGACUCGAACACGAUGUUUCUGGUGCCGAAGGGAUGCGAGCACGAGGAGUACGGCUACCAGGGGAAUCCCACCGCCAGGAACGACCAUUACGACUACGUGGCCUUCCACCGCCACUUGGAGCAGGCGAAUCUCUACCAAACGGAAUCGAAUAAGUACAUAUGCCCGCCCCGGGAGCGGGCUCCGUCCGUGCCCCCAUCCGGCGAGGCAGCCGCCCAGAAGAACUACGUCUACGAGAGCUUCGAGCUGUACGAGGAGCUGCCCCAGCAGGCGCCUUGACCUUCGCUCCACACACACACACUCGCACGCAUACAGUUAUGGCUGCGGCUAAUUGAUUGCUGAUCGAUUGGCCGAUCCAAAUUCAUUUGGCCGAUAAGGCCUGUACACGGGCCACAACAAUGGCCAGCAAUAAAGGGGCAGAGGGUCCCAUGCCACAUAGUUUUAGAGGCCCCCAUAAAAAUCGGAGUAAUCAGAGUCUAAUAUCAGUUCCAUUGCCGAGGAACGAAAGCUAAAUAAAAGAUAUUUUAACGAACAGUA